AUGGCCUGGCCCGAUCUGCGGCCACCGGGGACGAAGGGAAUCAAGCGAAACCUCCAGGGCGACGUGAUGUCCGUCCAUGGUAUCUUCAACUACCAGAGCCCCUUUAUCUCGCGGACCCUCGUCCGCAACGGUAAGCUCUACACCAAUCGCGACCUGCGCGGCAGCGACGAUAAGAUCUAUGGUGCCGAUUGGACCGCCACCGAGGCCAUCGUGCGCAAUGCCCGGCUCGAGGAGCCCUUUACCCUCGAUGUCCAGGGGUUCUCAUUGCACAAAGAGUCGACGGCUAUGUCCUACAACGAGUUCUUCCUAGAGGAUGUCAUUCUCAAGAAGUACCACGCCGAAGUUGCAGAGGUUAUGAAGCGCCUAACAGGCGCCACUUACGUCGUUCCCUUCGACCACAACUUGCGGUCGGUGGGCCUCCAGGGCUCCCAGAAGGAGAUCAAGGGUGGAGCCAAAUGCCAGCAACCAGCAGGUAUGGUUCACAACGACUACACUCUGACAGGCGGCCCAUUGCGCUUCGACCAGCUGGGGCAGCCCCCGAAAAGGAAUGACUCGAUCCAGAAGGCGGACCCUGCCUUGAGCGAGGCCAUCGUCAAAGCUGGCCGAGCAGGCCGUUGGGCCAUCAUCAACCUGUGGCGGAACAUCCGCGACAAGCCGGUCCAGGUGUACCCCCUGGCCUGUUGCGAUGCGCGCUCGACCUCGCCGGAGGACUUGUGCGUCUUCGAGAUUCACUAUGCAGACCGGGUGGGCGAGAAUUACUUCGCCGUGUCCUCGCCAGAGCACAGGUGGUACUACUACCCCGACAUGAAAAAAGACGAGGUGCUGCUUCUGAAGCAGUGGGACUCAGAUGGAAGUUUAUCCGGAGGUACCCGCGCUCCAUUUACACUGCACUCGGCCUUCGACGACCCGUCCAGCCCCACGGAUGCUGAAGACAGAGAGUCGAUGGAGGUGCGAUGCAUUUGCGUCUGGGAGAAGUGA